GCUCUCUUCUUGUCUCUUGUCUCCUCUCUCUCUCCAAGGAUGCCUCUACGGGUCUACUGCUCUGUGUAUGGGGGCAAAUUGAUAAGGUAAUUUAAAAAUUUUCAAAUUAUUUAGGAUAUUUUCAAAAAAAAAAAAUAAAAUUGGGGCGUCAAGGCCCCCCUCGGUCGUCAGGUGGCUCCGCCACUGCUACUCGUCCCAACACCAGGCAAGAUCUUAUCUGAUUGGGCUACCGACGAACGAGAUUGGCUUGAAAUUCCGGACACCGUUGAUGAAAAAAAAAAAGAUCCGACCGGUUGAACAUGGACUAACAUGGUGCUCACAAGAUCUAUAGGCAGAGGCCCUUCCUUGGUGACAGGAGCAUCUUCUUCGUCAUCAUCCUUAACACCUCGAUUGAAACGUGAUGUUUUUUUAAGUUUUUGUGGCAAGGACACCCGUCAUAAUUUUACGGAUCAUCUAUUUACUGCGUUGAAAGGCAAUUUCAUUGAGGUGUUUAGGGAUAAAGAAGGACUCAAGCAAGGAACAUUCAUCGAUUCAGGGCUCACGAAAGCAAUAAAAGAAUCCAAGAUCGCAAUUGUUGUUCUCUCAAAAAACUAUGCUUUCUCAAGAUGGUGCUUGAAGGAACUUGCCCAGAUUGUUGCAUGCAUAAAAGAGACGGGUAUAAAAGUUAUACCCGUCUUUUAUCAUUUGGAUCCUUCUAAUGUAGGGAGGCAGAAUGGAACUUUUGCUUCAGCCUUUGCUAAACAUAAAAGGGACUCCAAAGUUAAGAGUGAGGGAUACAAAAGUGGAAAAAUGCUUUGAAAUGCGUGCGCAAGAUUACUGGGUUUCAUGUAACAGACACCACAUCUGAAUCAACAGUUAUCCAGCGUAUCAGUGGAGACAUACGUCGUGAAUUAUAUGGGGCCUUUCCGGAAGCAAUGUUUGGAGAAGUAUUUAAGGUGUUGCAUGACACAGUUAAGAAUGUGGGAAGCAAAGUCCUCAUGUUCAAAUCUUUUUUUAAAAACUUUGAAUUCAAUUUAGAUCUUUUAGCACCUGUGGUUGAAGAGAUAAACGAAAAACUUGACUGCCCAGAACAAGAAACACACAGCUUGAUCAAAAAAAUGAAGGCUGCCAAACAGCUCAUUCACAUUUGCUCAGAAAUCCGAGAGUCGAACAAACUUUACCACAUUGUUGCCAAGAAACUAAUCGAGUCGGAUGAGGCCAUUGUGAGGUUCUGUAAGGUUCAUAUGCAAGCACAGAAUAGAGGGGAUAUUUUGCAGAUUUUGGAGCAGUGUAAACCUACUCGGGAGGAAAUGAAGUUGCCCAUCUUGAAGAUAGAUUUGUUGUCAUGCUCAGUUCCUAGCCCCCCGGAUUUUACUGUUGGGCUGGAUGUGCCUUUGAAAGAGUUAAAGACUCAGCUGUUGAAGGAGAAGGAGCAGCAACUUCUACUGACUGCUCCUGGAGGAUUUGGAAAGACUGCAUUGGUGAAAAUGCUUGGUCAUGACCAGGAAAUUAAAGGCAAAUUUGAGGACAAUAUUUUUUUUGUCCCCGUUUCUAAAACUCUCAACCUGAUGGUCAUUGUGCAAAGCCUAUGUCAUAAUAUAUGUUAUCAGGAGCCUGAGUUCCUAAGUGAUGAAGAUGCAAUUAACAAGCUGCAGGAACUGUUGACACAAAUUGGAUCCAGUCCUAUAUUAUUGAUCUUGGAUGAUGUGUGGUCAGGAUCUGAAUUUCGGCUUGAGAAGUUAAUGAUACAUGUGCCAAAUUUCAAUAUUCUGGUGACUUCAAGAACUUCAUUUCCAGGAUUUAGUUUUACGUAUAACUUAAAGCCAUUAAAUGAUGAAGAUGCAACGACUCUGCUUCGUCACUCUGCAUCACUGCAAGAUGGGAGUUCUCACAUUCCAGUUGUAGUUAUCAACAAGAUAGUGAGAGGCUCUAGCGGGUUCCCACUAGCCCUCAGAGUGAAUGGCAGAUCACUCUGUGGGAAGCCUGUAGAGGCUUGGUACAGUAGAGCUAGGAAAUUUUCUAACGGUCAUUCUAUUUUCAAUUAUAGUUCUGAUCUGCUUGAAUGUCUCCAAAGAAGCCUAGAAUUUUCCGAUCAUGAAGCAAUUUUCAAAGAGUGUUUCAUGGAUCUUGGUUCAUUUCAUGAAGACCAAAGGAUACCUGUUCUUGCCCUCGUUGAUAUGUGGGCAGAAUUAUAUAAACUUGAUGAAGAUGGCUUUGAUGCCAUUACCAAUUUAUAUGAACUCACCACCCAGAAUUUGGCUAAUCUUGUGAUGAUAAGGAAAGACGCAGGUGAGAUCAAAAAUUAUUAUAAUGAAGACUAUGUCACACAGCAUGAUCUUCUUAGAGAGCUUGCUAUAUUUGAAAGCUGCCAGGGGCCAGAAGGACAAAGGCAAAGAUUGAUUAUGGACAUAAGGGGAAACUCUCUACCAAGUUGGUGCACAGAACAGGAUCAGCAACCCAUCAAUGCCCGCUUGUUAUCAAUCUCAACUGAUGAAUCGUUCUUGUCAACUUGGUGCAACAUUCAAGCACCCAAAGUCGAGGUUCUAGUUCUGAACUUCCAGACAAAGAAUUACAGCUUACCUGAGUUUGUGGAUAAAAUGGAUAAUCUCAAGGUUUUGAUAAUCACCAAUUAUGGUUUCUUUCCCACUGAAUUAAGAAAUUUUCAACUGCUCAAGUCUCUAUCCAAUUUAAAGACAAUCAGAUUGGAAAAGGUUUCAAUCCCUUCCCUUUGCAAGGCCCCUGUAUUGUUGAAGAGUUUGAAGAAAAUAUCCUUGUUCAUGUGUAAUAUUGGUCAGGCUUUUGAGAAUUGUACUGUCCAAGUUUCAGAUGCAUUGCCAAAUCUGAUGGAGAUAAACAUUGACUAUUGCAAUGAUCUUGUGGAAUUGCCUGCAGUGCUAUGUGAUGUUAUCCUCCUAAAAAAACUCAUUAUCACUAAUUGUCAUCAGCUGUCUUCACUUCCCAAAGGAAUUGGAAAGCUAGUGAAUUUAGAAGUUCUCAGGCUUAGGUCCUGUACUGAUUUAUCUGAGUUGCCAGAAUCAAUCAAAAGCCUCAAUAAGUUAAGACUUCUUGACAUAUCCGAUUGCCUAGGCAUUAGACACUUGCCAAAAGACAUUGGUGAGUUAUGUAAUUUAAAAGAGCUCCACAUGAAAGGGUGCUUGAGCUUGCGUAAAGGGUUGCCACCAUCAACUACAAAUCUUGAGCAAUUGAAGCUUGUGAUAUGUGAUGAAGAGAGGGCCAAGUUCUGGGAGCCUUUCAAGGAAGUUCUCACCAAUCUAGAGGUCAAGGUGGCUGAAAAAGAUAUAACCUUGACUUGGCUUCUCAAACCAUGAUUUCUGAGAAUUGUUUCUUUUUGGA